AUGGAUAGUAAACUAAAUUAUCCACUACUUAAUCAUAUGUGUAUACUGCGUUUCAGACAUGGAUUGAAAGAUGAAGAGUAUUCGUGCUAUAAAAAUUACGCGACGAAAAGGAUGUUUAAACUGCGGAAGCAGCUUAACCUUAAAAAUUCAACCAGUCAUGGAUCUAACAAGUCAAAGUACCAACAAAUUACUAUGCCUGAGGCAAUUAAUGAUGUUAGAUACCUUACUAUCGUAUUGUUACAGGCUGAACGAUCAUGGAUUUAUGCCAUGUUAUUGAAGACAGACUAUGCUUCUAAGAGUUACACUAAACAUACUGAUAAGCAUAGAUAUUUGAAGAGGUUUAAAAAAUCGAAUGUUUUUGCUCGUACUUUAGUUUCUCUAUGUCAAAAUUUUGGUAACGAAGACACUCAAACCCAUUCCAUGAUAUACCAAACGUAUAUUAAUUCGAUUGUUGAGUUUGAAAAGGGAAAUUAUGUCAUUAGUAAAAAGGGGUUUUGGAUAUUCAAAACUCACCUAGAACAAAUUAGACGAUCUGGUGUGGAUGAUGAGAUGAAUAAUGCAUUGAAGCUUCAAAUUGAUAAUCUACAAAAGUUGUUAAGGACCUGUGGUUUUCACACUCACGGGGAAAUUAAGCAACUCAGUACAGCUGAAAUAUUUUCACAGAAUAUGGAACAAUCAUGUGAAAAUGACUUCAAAUUUCACAUUAGUGAUGAUGGUGCUAUAAAGGUUUCUUUUAAACAAAAAAUAUUACCAAUUAACUCGCAAGGAAUACUAUCACAACUAAAUGAAGUUAUACAAGCAUCUACGACAAAUACAAUACUUCCAGAUUCUAUAUUAUCCACAGUUAGCAAUGAUUCGUUUGGGUUUGAAAUACUUGACUACAUAAAAUCUACAACAACCGAUACUCUACUUAAACAUUAUCAGGAAGUGGUAGAUCAGCUUUCUGAUUCAAUUGAUUCCAUAAGAAGGGAAUCGCUUAUGUGUGACAUUGGAUUACAGGAUAGCUAUAAUAAACUUGAAGUCUGGCCAAAUGAAGUAAUGAAGUUCAUUCAGAUAGAGAAGAAUUUACUGCUUAUCUUAAAAUCAUUAAAUGAAUUGAUUAACCGCAUAACUAAAUCAAAAAUCCCUACCUGCGGGGAGGGUAUUCGCUUUGCUAGUAUUAUCAAACAGGAGUUAACGGUAUUUUUGAUAGGAGAUUAUACAAAAUGGAAGGAUAAUUUUUUAAUCCCAAAUGAAAUUAUUCGAAAUGUCAACGCGCUGUGCCUAUCAUUGGAUUAUGCGAAUAAUGAUAAAUUUCCUGAAUGUAUAUCGUUACUAGAAUGGGUAAAUGGCAGGGAUCAUUUUUUAAUAAAUGUACAAAAAGUAUCACACUCUUUAGCCAUAUGGCGUUUACUCGUUUUGUUUAAUAUACUUCAAAAUAUAUCAAAGUCACUAACUAACCGUAUUUACCUAAGGAUGCUAUCCAUUUACAGCAUCAAGCAGAUGGAAGCUAAUGAUAUAGGAAUCAUCAAUUUCGUCAAUAAUACAAUAAGUGAGGAUUCAAAAAAUAAAAAUGGUAUAAAUUAUGAUGUUUUUGACAUUGGUAAGACAUUGAUGCCAAUUAACCCAAUCCUUAUCGACGCAGCUCGCAGUAAGCUCGAGGUCCCUCAAUUUGCACUGAUUUCUAACGCUAAUAAGGGCAUACGUGGCAUACUUUCUUCAUUUUGGUAA